AUGUCCGAAUUUGAGGCCGGUCAAGUCCUAGCCGCCCGCGCCAGUCUUAAGGAACGCAACCCGCAACCGUUUACAGCGGACCUGGCCGUAUGUGAUGAUGCGACCGUGCCGGUCGAGGCCCCGGUCAUUGAGGUUGGGGGCCUCGCCUUUCAGUCCAUAGGAAGCGGCUUCUAUAGCGACAAGGAACUAUCUAAGAACACCAAAGGCGCCUGCGCCUCUUGGGUCUGGAGCCCCGAUAUAACCAUAGGCGACCCGCGCUGGUUGAUUGACAGAUUGCGCGCAGACUAUAAAGACGACGAGUUUUACAUGAUUAGCAUAAUAAUGUCCACCGCUUCAGGUGAGAAUGCAUAUGUUGAGGACAAGAAAGGCUCAGACGCCGCCAUUGCUCAUGAGACUGGAUCUUCCCCGACGAUCCAGCGGCUCGGCGAGGGGGACACGACCGAAAAGACUCGCAUAUUCGUCGGCGAGGUCGAGGAUUCCCUGCUUGCGGGCGCCGAGAGUGGCGUGUUCACAUCCAUUACUCCGAUGCUCAUCAACUGCAAGGCCAUUCUGUGGGUGACUCGAGGCUCCGCCUUGAUUUCCCAAGAUCCGUGUGUCAUUUAA